GUCCCUUCCUCGCAACUUGCAAGUGCAGCCAACGACGCCGCCGUAGCUGUCACCGCUUCACCGGGUCCCACUCCCCCGCCGAACGAACGAACGAACCACAGUAGCGUCAACCGUUCUUCACCACCAUCCCCUCUCCCUCGCUCGCUCGCUCGCCGGCUCGUCUCGGUCGAAUCCGAUGCUCGGAAUCGGAGCUCCGACGCCGCCGAUCUGAUGCGUUGCCCGUUUCGAAUCCGCCGGUGCUUGCCUCGAUGCCGGGCCCUUGCUCCUCCUGCGCGCUCUCCCGCCCUCCUCCUCCCCUUCUCGCUACUCCUACCUCUAGGCUUAGGGAUUUGAGAUGGCGGUCCGCGGCGGCUACUUUCUCCCUUCCCGUCGCUCGCCGCUUGCCCUUCGCCACCUCACUCCACAAGCCUUCGAAGCAGAGAUGGAGAUUUUCAUGUUUUCGACCUGAUGAAUUCGCGUCACAAAAUCCUGAUUCUGAGUUGGUGGAAGACAAGAGGUUGGAAAAGUUGGAGAAACAUGGAUUUGACCAAUCAAAUACUGGGAAGAAGAAUUGGUUCUCGAGUAUCCAUAAGGUGAAAGAUGCAAUUUUCAGAGCAAAACCUUGGACAGUGCCAUGGACUGCAGAGACAAUUCUGCAGGUAAUGCUUCUAUGGAUCGCAUCAUUUUGGUUCGUGGGAUCUUGGAUUAUACCUUUCCUGGCUCACAUGGGAGGGUUCAGAAAGGAAACCCUAACAUACAGAGGCCAAGCACUGUACAGCCUCUUGACUGAUGUAGUAGAAGGUCUUGCUGGAAUUGCAAUCCUCCAUCGUUGUCUUGCAAGAUUCCGUCCCCUUCCAUCUGAUUGGUUUAGGUUCAGCCUCAAAGGAAAAUGGCACUUUGAUGUUGGUCUAGGAUGUCUUAUGUUUCCGCUUGUGAACCGUUUGUCUCAAGUCAACCUUAAUUUGUUGCCUGUUCUUCCCUCUACACCAGUUACAGUCUCCAGUGUUGAGCAAUCAAUAGUUGCACGAGACCCCGUGGCCAUGGCCCUUUACGCUGUGGUGGUUUCAAUAUGUGCCCCAGUUUGGGAAGAGAUUGUCUUCCGUGGGUUUCUUCUACCUUCCUUGACCAAGUACAUGCCAGUAUGGUCCUCAAUAUUGGUGAGUUCAUUGGCUUUUGCUUUGGCUCAUUUCAAUAUGCAGAGGAUGCUUCCGCUUAUUUUCCUAGGAGUGGUGAUGGGUGCUGUUUUCGCACGAUCAAGGAACUUGUUGGCAUCAAUGGUGUUGCAUAGCCUUUGGAAUGCAUUUGUAUUCUUAGAUCUGAUGAAAUAAUAUCACCUAAAACUGUAUAUUCUUUGACCAGCUAGUUAAACAUUGCCAUCAUUUUUUCUAAUGACACUGCUUCUCUUGAUUUCUUGUUA